GACUUGACCACCCCCGGCCGGCCCUUUCUUCAUUCUUUCCUUCCUUUCUUCCUCCUGCUGCUCUUGCCGUUUCAGUGAUUAUUAGCUGCUGUACGUGCGUGCGUACAUUGUUCUCUCUGCUGACACCCAUACACGCUGUAGCUUCUACACAUACCAGUUCGAUCGCAAGCUAUAGCAUGGGGCUUCAAUCAUCGCCCAUGCUGCUGCCAGCGCCGACGGCAACGGCGGCCGGCGGCGGGUCACAGUGGCGCACGGCUGUGGCAGGCCCAUGGAGUUCCCGCAUCAAGAAGAAGACGGAUGCAGUCGCCGUCCCCGCGGCCGCCGGCCGGUGGAGGGCGCGGGCGCGGGCCCAGGACACCAGCGAAUCCGCCGCCGUCGCCAAAGGUUCGUCCCUAACGCCCAUCGUGAGAACCGAUGCCGAAAGCCGCCGCACGAGAUGGCCUACGGACGACGACGACGCUGAGCCGCUGGUCGACGAGAUCAGGGCAAUGCUGACGUCGAUGAGCGACGGGGACAUCAGCGUGUCGGCGUACGACACCGCCUGGGUCGGUCUUGUGCCCAGGCUGGACGGCGGCGAGGGCCCGCAGUUCCCGGCCGCCGUGCGGUGGAUCCGGAACAACCAGCUCCCCGACGGCUCGUGGGGCGACGCGGCCCUGUUCUCCGCGUACGACCGCCUGAUCAACACGCUGGCGUGCGUCGUCACGCUCACCAGGUGGUCGCUGGAGCCCGAGAUGCGCGGCAGAGGGCUCUCUUUCCUCGGCCGGAACAUGUGGAAGCUAGCGACGGAGGACGAGGAGUCCAUGCCGAUAGGGUUCGAGCUCGCGUUCCCUUCCCUCAUCGAACUAGCCAAGAGUCUGGGCGUCCACGACUUCCCGUACGACCACCAGGCUCUGCAGGCAAUAUACUCGAGCAGGGAGAUCAAGGUGAAGAGGAUUCCUAAGGAAGUGAUGCACACGGUUCCCACAUCCAUUCUCCACAGCCUGGAAGGGAUGCCCGGGCUAGACUGGGCAAGGCUUCUGAAACUGCAGUCGAGCGACGGGUCCUUCCUCUUCUCACCCGCGGCCACCGCGUACGCUCUCAUGAACACCGGCGACGACAGGUGCUUCAGCUACAUCGACAGGACAGUCAAGAAAUUCAACGGAGGAGUGCCCAACGUCUACCCCGUGGACCUUUUCGAGCACAUAUGGGCUGUCGAUCGCCUGGAGCGUCUCGGGAUCUCCCGCUACUUCCAGAAAGAGAUUGAGCAGUGCAUGGACUACGUGAACAGGCACUGGACUGAGGACGGGAUCUGCUGGGCGAGGAACUCCGACGUGAAGGAGGUGGACGACACGGCCAUGGCUUUCCGCCUGCUACGGCUGCACGGAUACAGCGUCUCGCCAGAUGUGUUCAAGAACUUCGAGAAGGACGGGGAGUUCUUCGCCUUCGUGGGGCAGUCGAACCAGGCGGUGACGGGGAUGUACAACCUCAACAGGGCCUCCCAGAUAAGCUUCCCGGGGGAGGACGUCCUGCACCGUGCAGGGCCUUUCUCGUACGAGUUCCUCAGGCGGAAACAAGCCGAGGGAGCGCUCCGUGACAAAUGGAUCAUAUCUAAGGACCUGCCUGGAGAGGUAGUGUACACCCUGGACUUCCCUUGGUAUGGGAACCUGCCGCGCGUGGAGGCCAGAGACUAUCUCGAACAGUACGGCGGCGGCGACGAUGUCUGGAUCGGGAAGACGCUCUACAGGAUGCCUCUUGUGAAUAACGACGUGUAUCUUGAGCUGGCUAGGAUGGACUUCAACCAUUGCCAAGCCCUACAUCAGCUUGAGUGGCAAGGCCUGAAAAAGUGGUACACUGAGAACCGGCUCAUGGAUUUCGGAGUGGCGCAAGAGGAUGCUCUGCGAGCGUAUUUCCUGGCCGCCGCUUCCGUCUACGAGCCGUGCCGAGCCGCGGAGCGGCUUGCGUGGGCCAGAGCGGCGAUACUUGCCAACGCCGUCUCUACCCAUCUCCGUAACAGCCCCUCAUUCAGAGAACGCUUGGAACACUCCUUGCGUUGCCGCCCCAGUGAAGAAACGGAUGGAUCAUGGUUCAACUCAUCAAGUGGAAGUGACGCUGUUCUUGUGAAGGCAGUUCUGCGGCUUACCGACUCGUUAGCGCGAGAAGCGCAGCCGAUUCACGGCGGUGAUCCGGAGGACAUCCACAAGCUACUGAGAUCAGCUUGGGCUGAAUGGGUCAGGGAGAAGGCAGAUGCAGCAGACAGCGUGUGUAAUGGAUCCAGUGCUGUGGAACAAGAAGGGUCGCGCAUGGUUCAUGACAAGCAAACGUGUCUGCUUUUAGCUCGAAUGAUCGAGAUCAGCGCUGGGCGAGCUGCAGGUGAGGCUGCGAGCGAAGAUGGUGACCGUCGGAUUAUCCAGCUCACUGGGUCUAUAUGUGACAGUCUCAAGCAGAAGAUGCUAGUAUCUCAGGACCCCGAGAAGAACGAAGAGAUGAUGAGCCAUGUCGAUGACGAAUUGAAGCUGCGUAUACGAGAGUUCGUUCAGUAUCUUCUGAGACUCGGUGAGAAGAAAACCGGCAGCAGCGAGACAAGGCAGACCUUUCUGAGCAUCGUGAAAAGCUGUUACUACGCUGCUCACUGCCCGCCGCAUGUGGUAGACAGGCAUAUUUCCAGAGUUAUUUUUGAACCUGUUUCCGCCGCAAAAUAAUGGUAAUGGUAGAUGUGAAUGUGAUAUGGAGAUAAGAGAGAGAGAAAAUGUUGAUAGUGGAAAUUGGCGUUGAUGUCGCCUCCACAUUCUUUACGCAAAAGUAGCGUCUGUUUUGGAUAAAAAAAAUCCAGUUUCUGUAAAUUAUAGAAUAAAUCAAUCGCUGUGUCCCAAACUCUAAAAUGUUAUUCUGUGAAGUAUGGAAUAAAUCGGUCACUAUACCUA